UGAUUGGACAGUUAAAAAAUGACAGCGCGACUGAUGAAUGGUCACACAUUUUAGAAAUAAUCGUGUGACCUUAUGUCAUUUUGUAUAAAAUAGCGUAAAAUGAUCAAAUAAUAUUAAAUGGAAUCUUGUCAGCUUCGAAUAUGCUCUCGCGACUAAUCCGUCAGAUUUUGUUUAUUCUCGUGCAUUUUGUUGUUAACAUACUUGUUGCAAUUCAAAAUGUUUAUCACCGGUUAUGGGUUAGAAGAUGUAAAGUUCUUGAUGAUGAGGUGACGAAAAAUGAUGUUAUUAUGAUAAAGAAGCACGUACCAAAAAUGAAGAAAAGUUUGAAGCAUUUAGUAGUGCUCGUUGACACGAAUCAUCAUUCUAUGAGUGACUUGGCGCGUUUGGUGAUUUGGAGUCUAAUAACAGGAAUACCUUACGUCAGUUUCCACGAUAUCACCGGUGAAUUGAAACAAAACGAAGAAAAGCUGUUUCUGGCUAUUGAAAAAAAGAAGAAAGGUAUACCAGGUUGCAUAAAAUGGUCAAACAAACCAGACUUAAAUGGCUACACUUAUGGAAUGAAUGCAAAUAAUGUGUUUAUUAAUAUAUUUAGUUAUAAGGAUGGAAGACCACAAAUAGUUGAAAGUAUAAGACAGAUAGCUAAAGGAGGUGUUGAUUGUGAAAAGAAAUCAAAUGAAUUUACAACCGAAGAGUUUGGGAAGGUGUUAACUCAAUUGUACAAUAAUAUUCCUGACCCGGAUCUUGUUAUGUAUACUGGACCUCACUGUUCCACUUACGGUCUGUUGCCAUGGCAAAUAAGACUUACAGAGUUUGUUCAACUCUCCCUAGAUCAUAGUGUAGAUAUUUCUAGCUAUAUAGGUGCAUUAUAUAAAUAUAAUAAAUGUGAUCAAAGAUUUGGUAAGUAGUUGAUUAUAUAUUACCCAUGCAUAAGACAGGCCUAAAUAUAAGUUGUAAUUUAUUGAAAAACACAAUAGAUUUGUCAUAGUAUUUUGCUACUG